AUGAAUAAAGUGUCAAAUCCUAACCCUAAAUCAACCGUCCUCCAUAAUCCUAACCCUAAACUGUCGGCUCACUCUAACCCAAACCCUAAUCCUAAUCUGAUUGUCCACCCCAACCCUACCCUUAACCUUAACCCUAACCCUAACCCUAAUCCUAAUCAGUCUGUCCACGUCAAUCCUAACCCCAACCCUAAUUCUAACAUACACCCCAACAUCAAAACCCUUAGAAAAUCUCCAUCCCCCUCCGUUGGUUUCCAAGUGAGAGAGGGUUUCUCUUAUUCAGAGGUUCUUAAAGCUUCUUCAAUUGGACAAUGGCGUCAUCCCAUUAGAUUUGGUGGAAAAAUCAUUGAGUUAGAAGAUAGCAAUACUAAUAAAAUAACUAUCAUAUGCACCGAAAAGGGUUCGCACCGUCCUCGAAGCAUUCACCUAAGCCUUGUUGAUGCAAGACUUUUGGCAAAGUGGUCCAAAACCUCAAUAUCGUUUCCACAGAAUGCGAAGAUUCGUAUAUAA